AUGCCACCCCAACAAACAUCCCGUACUUUGAAUACUGGACACAAGGAAGCUCAGAGAGAGCAUUCAGAUGGAGGAAAUAGAGUAUUGUCUAAUACGCCUAGAUUACUUCGACCUGAUGCAGAUACAGAGGACGAAAAUAAAGAGCUGUCACACGGCGAUCUUGAACAUUUGAAUGCCAACACAUCUGCUGAUGUUAAGUGCGUCAAAUUAGAAGAAUGUUCAUCUUCUCUGCUAUUCAACCCUGACAUAGAUCAGAUGGAUGAGGAGGGAUACACACCGCUCUACAAGGCAGCUUUAAAAGGUGAUCUCGAAGGUGUUAAAGACCUCAUUUCACAUGGAGCAAACCCAAAUAAACCAAGUAAAGAUGGACUCCGUCCACUUCAUGCAGCGGCUCAUGAAGGACAGGAACACAUUGUUGACUUCUUCAUCCUUCAAGGAGUGGACGUAAAUAUCGAGUGUGACUUAGGUCAGACUCCUCUUCAUACAUCAGCUGUAAAUGGCUAUGCUGACAUCUUAGAGAAGUUCAAAUCAAACGGAUCUGAUGUGAACAAGAGAGAUAACACUGGGUGCACACCAUUCAAUGCUGCCGUUAAAUAUGGUCAUCUACAUGCCGUCCAAUACCUCAUGACUGAAAAAUGGGAGCAGAACAGAUAUGAUGGUAUGACCCCACUCUAUGCCGCAGCAUAUUUUGGUCAUUUAGACAUCGUCAAAUUAUUCAUAACCUGUAACGCUGAUAUGAACGAAGAAGGAGAUGAAGGUAAAAUUCCUCUCCACGGUGCUGCUGCUCAAGGCCACAUGAAAAUCAUAGAAUAUCUCAUUCAACAAGGAUCCAAUGUGAACAGGAAAGAUAACACUGGGCUGACUCCAUUCAACGCUGCCAUUCAAAAUGGUCAUCUAGAAGCAGUCAAAUAUCUCGUGUAUAAGCAAGCGAAUCAAAACAGAUAUGCUGGUAUGACCCCACUCUAUGCCGCAGCAAAUGUUGGUCACUUAGACAUCGUCAAAUUCGUCAUAUCCAAUGGUGCUAAUGUGAACGAAGAAAAUGAUGACGGGAGAAUUCCUCUCCAUGGUGCAGCUACCAGAGGUUCCAUGAAAGUGAUGAAAUAUCUCAUUCAGCAAGGAUCUGAUGUGAACAAGAAUGAUUGCAGAGGUUGGACGCCAUUACAUGCUGCAGUCAAACACAGCCAUUUAGACGUUGUCGAACUUCUCUUAGGGAAAGGAGCUAAGGGUACCAGUUUUGAAGGAUUGACCCCACUUUACAUCGCAGCACAGUAUGACCACGUCGAUGUGGUAAACUUCCUUGUUUCCAAUGGAUAUGAUGUGAACGAAAGAAAUGAAUAUGGCAAGGUUCCUCUUCAUGCAGCAUGUUUCAAUGGCAACAUGGAUAUCGUGAAAGUUCUCGUUAACCACAACUCUAAUUUCAAUGAACAAGAUCAUAAUGGACGGACACCACUCGAAGCCGCUGCACAAAAAGGACAUCAGGAUUUAGUACAUUACCUUGUAUUGAAUGGAGCAGACAUGAACGUGAGGGACAUAGAUGGUCUGACGCCGCUCCGAGCAGCAGCAAACACAACCCAUCCACAUGCGAUAGAAGGUAUCCCACCUUCUAGAGGUGACCCGGAUGAGGAAGAAACAGGAGAUCCAGAACCUGGAGGACACCAGAAGCUAAUCACAAGAGGAUAUAUGACGGUAUCACUGACAGAUACAGACACGCAGUCUCGUAUAGGACAGUUAUCAUCUCACGUAUAUGAUACAGCGGAUAGGAAUGACUGCAAUCAAGCUGAUAAUUCGAAGAGAGGAGACAAUAAGCUCUCCUUGAAGAAUCUUCCCAGACUGAUCCCUGACGCUGCAGAAGGUGGUAAUGGAGAACGCAACCCUUUAGUUCAUGCUAAGCUGAAGUAUCCUGACAAAGGUGAACAAGAUCCGAUGCUAGAUCAGAUGGAGCCAAUUAAGUGCACCGGGACAAAGACAAGAGACACCAAAAGAAAUGACACAGACUACCCUUCCCCGCGUGGACCUCAGACGUGGCAAUACAGCGGAUUUGAUUCACCCUCUCUACAAACCAUGGAGACUGACAGUCACCCGUCUGAAGAACCGAAAUCCAGAUGUCACUCACUAAUUGACGAAAACAAGGAAAUGAGAGUGAGUGGUUAUUAA